UGAUCGAAUGCAUCAAGCCUUGGUGCCUGCUUCCCUUUGGUCCCUCUGCGAGACGGUUCAUUGUGCUUCAGUCACUUUGAAAGGGAGAUGAGUUAAUUUGCAGUCUGAAGCAUUUUGAUUGUCCCAGAAUUCGAAUCAGUCACCGUUGGCUACACCGUCGCCCAGUGAGACACUGGUUAGGAGCCAGAAGCAAUGGGCGACUGGAGCUUUUUGGGGCGCCUGCUAGAGAAUGCCCAGGAGCACUCCACGGUCAUUGGCAAGGUGUGGCUGACAGUGCUGUUCAUCUUCAGGAUCCUGGUACUGGGGGCUGCGGCCGAGGAGGUCUGGGGGGAUGAACAAUCGGACUUCAUGUGCAACACGCAGCAGCCCGGUUGCGAAAACGUGUGCUACGAUGAGGCCUUCCCCAUUUCACACAUCCGCUUCUGGGUGCUGCAGAUCAUCUUUGUAUCCACACCAUCACUCAUUUACCUGGGCCAUGUGCUGCACAUUGUGCGAAUGGAGGAGAAGAAGAAGGAGAAGGAGGAGGAGCUGCUGAAGAAGGCCGAUCUGCGGGCCGGGGCCGGGGGCCAGGGAAUUCCCAGAAGCCCCCGUGAGCCACUUCUCGGGAGGGAGGCGGCUGGUGGGGGCGAGGAGAGGUUGCCGGUGCGGGAUGAGUGGGGCAAGGUCCGCAUUGCCGGUGCCCUGCUCCGCACCUACGUCUUCAACAUCGUCUUCAAGACCCUGUUUGAAGUGGGCUUCAUCGUGGGGCAGUACUUCCUGUACGGUUUCGAGUUGAAGCCCCUCUACCGGUGCAGCCGCUGGCCCUGCCCCAACACCGUGGACUGCUUCAUCUCCAGGCCCACCGAGAAGACCAUCUUCAUCGUUUUCAUGCUGGCCGUGGCCUGCGUGUCCCUGCUGCUCAACAUACUGGAGAUCUACCACUUGGGCUGGAAGAAGUUUAAGCAGGGUAUGACCAACCACUACAGCCCCAACUCCCCCAAGGCCCAGCCGGGACUAGCGAGGCUGGGCCAGCUCAGCCCUUUCCUCCUGCCUUCCCAUGCUCCCCCACCCCCCACCUUGACCAUUGGGUUCCCCCCAUUUUACAGCCAGUCUUCUUCCUCCCUGGGGCAGGCUACCCCCUCGGGCUACCCCGGGGCCCCAGAGCCCCCAGCAGAGUUCAAAAUGGCAGGGCUGCCCAAGGAGCGCAGCCGGGCCGCCUCUGCCCAGGCUUUUAGCAGCAACCAGCACAUCCUGACAGCAGAGCAGAACUGGGCCAACCAGGAGGCCGAGCAGCAGACCCUCGAGCAGAAGUCCCCCGCUGCCCCCGGCACCCCACCCUCCCCAAGCAGCCCUCAGCAGAACCCCCCGGAGGUGGGGGGAAGAGGUGAGGGUAGCGAGGCUCCCCUGUUGCUGGUGAACGGCGGGAGCUUGGGAGGUGGCAGUGGUGGCGAGGCGGAGGCCAGGGAGGAGUGGCCUGGGACCACCCGCGUGGAGAUCCAUGAGUCCCCGCUGCUCCUCCUGGACCUGAGGCGGCUCAGCAAGGCCAGCAAGGCCAGCAGCUGUCGAGCCAGAUCAGACGACUUGGCCAUUUAGUGCCCUUCUCUUCAGACACUCAUCUCUGAGGGGAUUCUAAAGGAACAGUUAUUCUCGAAGCAAUCAAUCACAGCAGGCACAGGGUUAGA